AUGAUUCACCUCUUUCUAUGCUGGCUACUACCAAAUGCUGCGCUAUCAGCGAUCGGUUAUCGAGGCACUCAACAAUGGUCCUGCAAGCGGUAUUCGAUAUCAAAUCGACCCUCGCAAGACUGUUCCGCCCAGGACCUAUCAGCGCUCCCAGCACUUUUUGCUGACGUUGUUUCGUUGAAUUUAGCGAAUAAUUCGUUUCCGAUUAUCGAACGGUUCCCGAAGAAUUACAGUAAUCUGCACACAUUACGACUGGACAAUUCUAAGAUAAGGAAGAUCGCGGUGCAGGCGUUCUCCUCCUUGUCUAGUAUUCGUGUCCUCGAUUUAUCCCAUAAUCAAUUGACAAGUGUCACUUUCGGAACCGGGCGUUAUGCUAUCACUACCCUUAAUCUUGCUCAUAACUCUCUCAGGUACCUUCCUGAUCUAAGUGGCCUUCGUUCACUGCGUAUUGUCGAUCUAUCCUACAAUCAUAUCCUUGCCGUAAACCCUGCCUACCUACCGCCAAACGUGGAAUCAUUGCGUCUUAUCGGGAAUAACAUCACUCAUCUCACCCAGUGGCCUUUCCUUAGAAAAUUGCAGGAACUAGACGUCUCCUUUAAUCCGCUAGAAUGUGCCUGUCCAUUGUGGGAGUUUGUUGGUUGGGCGGAGAGUUUGGCGCUGUUCCAGGAAGAGCAACUGCCGUGUCAACGUCCGAAAACUCUUCGUAAGGGUCGUGCAGAAGAGAUGAUCUGCGGACCGGAGCUGAUCGCUGCUCAACGCGUGGAUCAAACCACACUCUCCGUUGGGGAACCCCAUCGAAUGUGCUGCGCAGUGUCCUCCUAUCCUAAACCGGAUCUUUGGUGGGAACAUGAUGGGCAGAAUAUUAGUUGGACUACCACCCAACGCCAUCUUCCAGAUUCUGGACAAAUCGAAUUUUGCAUAGAAUUUGCAUCAAUUUCCGUAAAUGAUCUAGGAUUCUACAAAUGCUAUGCUAAUCUGGAAGAUUUAACGGUCUCCAAAGAAUUUCAUCUGCGACGAUCUAGAGAGCCAUUGGUAUUAAGUUCACCGCCAAAUAUCAUUUUCUACUGCCAAUUCAGCAUCGGAUUGUUCAUUUUCGCUUUCUGUUGCGCCACCUGUUGCAUCCUUCGACGAGGGCGACCAAGUAAAACAGGUCCAGAGAAGGACAGCCAGUGCCGGACAACGCUAAUGGACGUUUUGCCACCUAAAGAAUGCUCGUCGAACUCUACAACACCGUCAUACUGUAGUCAGGAACAUUAUCAUGUUCCUGUCGGAUGCUGCAUUGAAAACUAUCAAUAUGGGCAAUGCGACGAUGAUUCCUACGGUCCAGGCUCCUAUCCAUUUAUGGAAGAACGGCGUUACAUUCAAAGUGCACAUUGCACCAACAUCGACGAUAUCGUACAACGUCGGAUCUCUCAGUGGCGCCAUCGAAUAGCGGCUAUGCCGGCGCCACUGGCGCAAUUCGACAAAGAGACCAACAUUAUGGGAAUUGUGCACACCGCUGUAUAA